CUCAAUACAAAUUCAUAGCAUUAGAUAAUAUAAAAGUAUGAUGAAAACACAAACUGGUGUUCAGUGUGGGGGAGAGGGUAGCAAUCAAACAAGCUGGAUAAAGUUUUCUUCAUUUUUAAUUUCCAAGUUUGGUAGUUACAUUUAUAUUAUCAUUAUUAAGGGAAAAUGUCCUGAAGAUGGAUGGGAUGAAAGCACCAUUGAACUGUUUCUUCAUGAACUUGCUAUAAUGGAUAGCAAUAACUUUCUGGGCAACUGUGGCGUAGGUGAGAGGGAAGGAAGAGUGGCAUCAGGACUUGUUGCCCGAAGGCAUUACAGGUUGAUCCAUGGAAUUGGAAGGUCAGGUGAUAUUUCUGCAGUCCAGCCUAAAGCUGCAGGGUCUAGCCUUUUGAACAAACUUACUAAUUCAGUAGUUCUGGAUAUUAUAAAGCUGGCUGGUGUCCGGACAGUGACCAAUUGCUUUGUGGUUCCUAUGGCAACUGGCAUGAGUCUAACUUUGUGCUUUUUAACAUUACGGCACAAGAGACCAAAGGCAAAAUACAUUAUUUGGCCACGUAUAGACCAGAAAUCUUGCUUCAAAUCAAUGAUAACUGCAGGUUUUGAGCCUGUGGUGAUAGAAAACGUAUUAGAAGGUGAUGAGCUACGGACAGACAUUGAAGCCGUGGAAGCUAAAAUCAAGGCUCUUGGUGCUGAAAAUAUUCUUUGUGUGCAUUCUACAACGUCUUGCUUUGCUCCAAGGGUACCUGAUAGGCUGGAGGAACUGGCAGUGAUUUGUGCAAAUUAUGACAUUCCUCAUAUUGUCAACAAUGCAUAUGGAGUUCAGUCUUCAAAAUGUAUGCAUCUUAUUCAGCAGGGUGCUCGGGUAGGCAGAAUAGAUGCUUUUGUUCAGAGCUUGGACAAAAAUUUCAUGGUUCCAGUAGGUGGCGCUAUCAUUGCUGGCUUCAACGAGUCCUUCGUGCAGGAGAUCAGCAAAAUGUAUCCAGGAAGAGCUUCUGCGUCUCCUUCCUUAGAUGUCCUCAUUACACUUCUGUCUCUAGGUGCCAGUGGCUACAAACAGUUACUGAAAGAGAGAAAGGAGAUGUUUUCCUAUCUUUCAAGUGAGCUGAAGAAGCUGGCAGAUAACCACAAUGAGAGACUGUUAGACACGCCACAUAAUCCCAUUUCCUUAGCCAUGUCACUGAAGAAUCUAGAUGAAAAUAAUGAUGUUGCUGUUACUCAGCUUGGAUCUAUGCUUUUCACAAGACAAGUUUCUGGAGCAAGGGUUGUUCCCUGUGGGUCUGUACAAACAGUGAAUAACUACACUUUUAAAGGAUUUAUGUCACAUGCAAAUAACUAUCCCUGUGCUUACCUCAAUGCUGCCUCCGCAAUUGGAAUUAAAAAGCAAGAUGUAGAUGUAUUCCUAAAAAGACUCGACAAGUGUUUGAAAACUUCUAGAAAAGAAGCAAAGAAAGAAAAAAGUGUGAAUGAAAUAAGUAAUUGUAAUACAGACACGGAACAACUUGAAGACUAGAAAAUACAGAUUUAGUAACACAGGAAGAUACACUUUUGUUUGAAGUAUGUCAGGUUUGUAUUGGGUUAGCAUUGUGAAUCUGCAGUGCAGAAAAUUUACUCCUGAUCUGAAAACAAUAACCAAAAAAAGCUGAGUGAAAUUCAGCUUUAGAGAAAGAGGUAAUACUCUCUCCAAGACAGAGGGCCAGACAUGAGUCUUUUGCAGCAUAUAAAUGCACUUAAUAUCUGCCAAAGUAAAGCUUUACAUUCAUAAAGACCUUGAGCUGGCCUUUCAGUCUGUGGGUGACUCUUUUGGACCAAUGUUCACCAAAUCACAGAAUGCUUAUUCCACUGGGUUUUGAUUAACAAGAUUUUCUGAGGCAGUGAUUGAAUUCAUUCCUAGGUAUAGACCAUCCAAAUAAGAAAUAUUUCACUGAUCUCAAAAUAUCUCAUUUCUCAUCAGCAUACUUGACACUUCUCAAAGAUUUUUAUGUGUUGGGAUAUCCGUUACUAAAUACAAUGUUAAAACUGCAUGAGGAAAUUAUAGAGUUGGAUUAGUAGGAUUUUUCAGGUGUUCUCACCUCUCAUGAACUGUCUAGAACAAAGCAGCCCUCAGUGACAAAGAAAAACCUAGAAUACCUCAUAUCCUGUCAGUACUCACCUCUUGGAAACAUUUGCGCAGUUCAGCAACUAGAAACAAUUUUAAUAAUGAAAGCAAGGGGUUGUGGAGAGGUGCAGUCUUUUUUUUUUUUUUUUCUUUUACUUUUUUUGGUCUUUUUUCCAUUUCAUCUUUCCUUUGAUAUGGCAAUCAGGUCAGAGACCCACUGAAAAGGAGGAAUGCCUUGUGGGAUUAGUGCAGCAGUUUCAAGAGCCAGUGAGACCAGAGGGUAUUUUGGCAUUUUUAGCCCAUUGUUGUUAAAAUGUAUAGACUUCCAUUUCUGAAGUGCCUCUUGUCAUUGGCACUGUUGCUUCUGUGGCUGUGUGCUGUUGCUGAUUUGAAUUCAUUAAGCAAACAAUAGAUUCAGAGUCUGUUCCCAAAACAAAGGUUCCAUAUCACUGGAGUGACAGUGCUGUAGGUUGCAAAACUUUUCGUUAAUUAUUCUUAAAUGCAAUUACUACAUUGUAUGUAUUUUUUUUUAUGUCAUUUACUGUUCAAAGUGAGCUUAAUGUUCAAAGACAUUUUCUUUGUCUGUAAUGUAGUAGUACUUGGGACACCACAAUUAAUGAGUUCUAAACGUCAGGAAAUAUUCUAGUUAUGUUGUUUGGUGGGAUCGAAGACAUAUAUCCUUCAGAGCCCUCUGUAAAUUGCUUAAUCGAAAUAGUGGUGCUUUUGAAAGGCUUGUCUAUCCACUGUGUUCCAAUGAAUUGAUACAAGAGGUGAUGUUAAUGUGCAGAACUUGAAUAGUAUGCUAAUCAACAUGAAGGUGCUCUCACUUAGUGAGGUCUGUUGUAUCUUAAGCUUAAAUUAAACUGCUGCUUCUACAUUUUUAUUGCUACAGUUACACGUUUGAUUAAAGCUUGUGAAAGUAUGGCUCCCUAGACUACAGUCACAGUUGUUAUUUGCUGUACAAAUACAUCCUAGGAGAAAUGUAAUAUAACUUGACGACUGAUUCUUUGUGGCUAUAAGGAGAUGUAAAUUCCUUUUCUUUCUUUCUCAUCCCCCCUCUCCCCACCCACCCCCCCCCCCCCUUUUUUUUUUUUUUUUUUAUUGAGACCAUGCUGUACCUCAGUUUUUCCAGUCAGUAAAUCUCUUCCACAAGCUUGGGAGCCAAAACUCUGCAGCUCACUGCCUCAGUAUUCAGUACAUUGGAGCAACCAGUAAAAACCACAAGGCCUUAGUGAUACCUUUCUUCCUAUUUUUUGAUAUUGUUUUCUGCCUGAAUUAGUCUAAAUUAUUGAUUUAGAUGACUAGUCACAUAAUGCAAGCAUUGGAACUAUUGUUACAAGAGUUUAGGGAGGUGUAUGGUAGCAGCUAAAAUAAGCAUUUGAUGAAUAAUAUCCUAAAACUGAAUAAGAAGACAGCAGUUGCCUUCUCUGAGAGGAAGAAACCUCUACCUUUUAUGUUCUCAUAAUAAAUUGCUGCAAAUAAUUCGCUCACUUCUACUAUACAUUGAACUACUUUCUCAGGUAGUGUUUUCCUGUCUUAAAAAUGUUUCCCAUUUGAAAUCAAAGCUGAAAAUUUCAAUAAAUUUUUGAUAUUUAAUGUUUUCAAAAAUUUGUUGGAAUUUGUUUUUCUCUGUAAACAAGUAUCCAGGGAAUGAAUUAUUGGUUUGUUCUGAUUUUGACCUUUGAAACCUUUUUUUUAUUUAAAAACACAUUUUAAGAUAAUGGCUUUAAUUGAAAUAAAGACCAAAAAUUUUAGUUUGUGUGUCAUUACGUCACUUUGGUAAUCUUAGUGAUACCACCUGAAGUCAGAAAAUUUAAGAUAUUUUGAGAAAUGUGCCCUCCAUCAUGUGUAUAAACUCUUGAACUAAAUAUUCGUGUUAUGUUACUUUGGUAAGCUGGUGUACCAGCUUCCAGUUUUGUUUGCUUGCUUUGUCCACUUAAAUGUCUUCAGUUAAUAUUAACUUUUUAGAGAUGGAAGCAUUCUAUAAUGUCAUUAUAAAUAUAAUGAAAUUUUAAGUAAUUCAAAUGUCCAUAUACUUUGAAGUAAAUGGAGAUGAAUUGGUUAUUUAGGAGAUUCACUAGAUAAAAAUAAUUUUUCAAGGAAGACUAUAAAUCAACUUAUUACAGAUAUUAGUGAAUAGAGAAUAAAGUAGUGAAAUAAUAUUGGAACAUACACCCAUGAUCAGUUUUCAUUUCUUUUGUGUAACAGAUAUGGGGAGAUUUCAUGGCUGUGGCAGGUCUCACCCACUAAUAAUACUGUGAAAGAUAGUAAUAGCAUGGGCAUAAAUUUGUCAAACUGGUUUUAGUAAAUCAAAUAUAUUAACAAUAUUUGCCUUUUAUUAAAAUCUUUCUAAGAUUGUACAGUGAAGUAAGAAGCUUCUUUACUUUAAAGUCCUUUUCCUAAUCUCUACAUAAGCACAUGUCACUAAAGGCUUUCACAUACCUUAAAAAUUUGCAAGAAUCAAUUUGCUGUCUCCAGCAUCCACAUGACUAGUGAUGUAAGCCAACACCUAGGGAGGCUGCCUGGGCUUCAGAACAGACU